UUUGCAACUUUAUUUUUAUCAGUAUUUAUACCUAGUUUGAUAUGAUACACAAUUAAAAUAUCGAUAUUUUAGAAUUGAUUUGCCGAUAAAAUAUACUUAAGUAACAAAAUUGCAACUGUCCAUUUCUAUACCCUAUACAUAUAAACGAAAUCAAAGUCUUUUGAUACAACAGCACAGACGCAAUGACAUUUGUGAACCAUAGAUGCCACCAAACAUAAAUAAAACAGCCCCACACCGAAACCUCAUUUAAGUUGUUGCAGGUGAUGCACAAUUUACAAAAUGAAAGAUUCGGCUACAAAGCAAUCGGUUUGUGCUUAUGACUGAUACUGUGAUACUUACGAUAUACUCAUUAAUACCGUAAUUUGUAGUGAGUUGAACAUUCUAGCCACGCGAGUUAUUAACCCGGGAUGACAGUCAUGCGUGCCACAAUCAGCCCAAUUCAAGUCUCAGUGCCUUACUGCUCACCCUGUGCAAUUGCGUGCCGUUUAUCCUUCAUGAGCAUAAUUUGCCAGUUUGAGGUUUUUAGCCGUUCUUGCAAGCCACAGCGUUGAGCAUCAGCGAGAACUAUGAUUGAUGCACGGAGUGCACUUCGUGUCUGUGGCAGAUCAGCGGCGCUGUGCAGCACCGAACAAAGCCAGAUGAGAAGGGGGAGGAGCAGAUCGGGACUAAAACAGCCGCGCGGUCCGUCUCACCAGGCAUUCACUCUCACUUCGGAAGCGUGUUUCUUCACACACAGGGUACGGGAUCAGUCUGUGGCGUCUUCAGGCUCCCUUACAUAAUAAUAGCAAUCCAUAGUUGGACGGAAGGAGUUCAGAAUCCAAGGAAAGGCUCCCUAAUAUACCGCAGGGGAGCAACUGAGCGUGGCCAGUGAAAUACUUUUGCCAUGCAAUGAACCAGCAGCUUUCGCUGGGUAACGGGAAGCAUCCAGUCUCCGCUAAGCGCCGCAGCAAAACAAGGACAAGCGCCGGAGCUUCAGCUGCGCCGACCGGGAAGGGGCUGCUGGGUGUAUUGACACAGACCAGCUUAUCUGUGAUGUGCAUCGUUGUCUUCCAGGAACUUCAUACGGCAGGCUCCAGGUUCCUCUGAGAAGAAGGUUGGUCUCUGGAGAUGUCUCGGCACCAUAACCGUUUCGAGAGAGAUUAUCGGAGUGUGUGGGAACGAAGGGAACGGUGCGCGGCUCUGAACAAUGGGAUCAACAGCAACUGCAGCAGCUCCGGUAACUGUAGCAGCAGCAGCACCGGCCACAGCGGCAGCAGCAACAACCGGCCGGGUCUCCUUCCUUUGCCCGUCAUCCCUUCCCUGCUCCCUACCCCGGUCUCGGUUGCCAGCACCACAGCCAGCGCCGAGCUGGGAGUCAAGCGCGUGGGCAACCCCUCCACCACGUCAACGGCAAAGGUUUCUGGUCUGUCACCUGGCGAAAAUCAGCCGCCAGGUCAAAUACUUGCGCCUGCUGUCAGAUGGGGGCAGACCCCCAUUAACCAGUCCACCCCCUGGGAGACAGACGAACCCCCAGCUAAACAGAUGAGGGACAACGACAACACAGGUCCUGCAUCGUGGGUUCCUCCAGUGGCAGCAGUCAGCCAGGCCAGCCUCUUGGCCCACACUUACGGAAUGGCACAGUCUCCCAUCUAUAGCCAAGCCAUCAAUGUCCAGGCACCUGUAAUUGGAGUCACGCCCACCAUGCAAACUCCAGUCCCCCCACAUCACCCACUCAUGUCCGCACACUUCCAGCUCCCACAGCAGCCUUCACAGCCACUCACAAACAUGGUCAUGAACAUGCAAAGUCAGCCUCUGUACACGAACAGCCAGCCCCCCAUCACCAUGUCCCCUAUGACCGGCGUCUGUCAGGUGGCACACCCCGUGCACACGGUGGUAGGGAAUGGGCACAUGCCACACCCUAUGAUGCAGCCUCCUGCUUUGCCUUCUGCGUCCCUGCCCAGUAGUGCCCCGCUACCCAAUGGGCAACCUGCUGCCCAGCUGCCAGCCAUCCCUCUGUCCAAUCAGGAGAAUCCGAAUGGGCUACAGAUGCUGCGGACCAUUGGCAUGGGAAAGUACGAGUUCACAGAUCCCUGGCACCCCAAAGAAAUGUUGAAGGAGUUGAACGAGCAACGCAGAGCGAAAGAAUUUACAGACCUGAAAAUUAUUGUUGAAGGCAAAGAGUUUGAAGUCCACCAAAAUGUUCUAGCUUCCUGCAGCUUGUAUUUCAAGGACCUGGUGAAAAGGUCAUCAGGAGAGAACAGGAAUGGGGAGAAACUAGAACUGACCAUGACCAACAUCAGCGCUGACGUCCUGGAGCUGCUGCUGGAGUUUGUCUAUACAGGCUCACUGAUCAUAGACUCCGCCAAUGCCAAAACGCUGCUGGAGGCUGCCAACAAGUUCCAGUUCAACACCUUCUGCAAAGUCUGUGUCUCGUUCUUAGAAAAGCAGCUGACGGCCAGUAACUGCUUGGGAGUGCUGGCCAUGGCCGAGGCCAUGCAGUGCACCGAACUCCACAACAUGGCGAAGGCCUUCGCCCUGCAGAACUUCCCCGAGGUGGCCGGCCAGGAGGAGAUCCUCAACAUCUCCAAAGAGGACUUCGUCAGCUACUUGUCCAACGACAGCCUCAACACCAAAGCAGAGGAGCUGGUUUAUGAAACAGCAAUCAAGUGGAUAAAGAAAGAUCUAGCUAACAGAGUGCAGCACGUGUCCGAGUUGCUGGCGGUGGUACGGUUGCCCUUCAUCCACCCGAGCUACCUGCUGAACGUUGUGGACAACGAGGAGCUGAUAAAGUCUUCAGAGGCCUGCCGGGACUUAGUCAAUGAGGCAAAGCGCUAUCACAUGUUGCCCCAUGCUCGUCAGGAGAUGCAAACACCGAGAACACGGCCAAGACUCUCAGCAGGUGUGGCAGAGGUGAUCGUCCUGGUUGGGGGUCGGCAGGUAAUCGGCAUGAACCAGCGAGCCCUGACGGCUGUCACGUGUUUCAAUCCCCAGAAUAACAAGUGGUAUCCCUUGGCUAGUCUUCCUUUCUACGAUCGAGAGUUCUUCAGUGUCAUUUCGGCCGGUGACAACAUCUAUCUUUCAGGUGGUAUGGAAUCAGGAGUGAUGCUAUCAGAUGUCUGGUGCUAUAUGUCCCUUCUCGAUAACUGGAACCUUGUUUCUCGAAUGACAGUUCCUCGGUGUCGACACAAUAGCCUGGUGUAUGAUGGAAAAUUGUAUACUAUCGGAGGGCUGGGUGUAGCUGGGAAUCUGGACCACGUUGAAAGGUACGACACCAUCACUAACCAGUGGGAGACCGUGUUGCCCCUGCCGAAGCCUGUGCACUCAGCAGCAGCCACUGUGUGUGGAGGGAAGAUCUAUGUGUUUGGUGGAGUAAAUGAUGCUGGGAGAUCAGCAGGAGUCCUUCAGUCUUACGUCCCUCAGACCAACACCUGGAGCUUCAUUGAGUCACCUAUGAUAGAUAACAAGUAUGCGCCUGCUGUCACCCUGAAUGGUUUCAUCUUUAUCCUCGGAGGAGCGUAUGCCAGAGCCACCACCAUAUAUGAUCCAGACAAAGGCAAUAUCAAAGCAGGCCCUAACAUGAACCACUCGAGGCAGUUCUGCAGCGCUGUGAUUCUGGAUGGGAAGAUUUAUGCCACGGGAGGAAUAGUCAGCAGUGAAGGGCCAGCUCUUGGAAAUAUGGAGAUUUUUGACCCCUGCACCAACAUCUGGACUCUCGUACAAAACAUGCCUUGCCCUCUGUUCAGACAUGGCUGCGUAGUCAUUAAGAAAUACAUCCAGAGUGGUUGACCCUGCAGGUCUGGAAUCUCACAGUGGCCUACUGUCGCGGUGCUGAUGUUGAAACCUAAAAUGAACACAUUGCUAUUUUUAAGUACGUGUCUACAUUGAAUGUAGAAGUUCAUCCUCACCGUUCGGUGAAACAGGGCCCAGAGCCCCAGCUAUGUAACAUAGUGUAACUUAUUAAACCUACAAGUGUGUCACUAGAUGUUGUAGUGGCACUUGUUGCUAUGCUAGGUUGUUGGUUUAAUUCAAAUGUGGUAGGUUUCUUGCUGGUUUCUCUUCAAGUAGUUUAUUUUGCUCAUAUGCAGGAAGAUUUGUACAUCUUACCUGCCUCCUGCUGGUUCGUCUAUGAGGUAGAAGUUAGCAACAAUAAUAAUAGCAGGGUUAUUUGAUUUUUCUUUCCUUAAGUUUGAGUAUUGUAUUGUAUUCCCCAAAAAAACAAAUACUGUAACUAUGCCUCUUUGUUAUGAGAAGAAAAAAACACCUUUUGUAAUAGGAAUGUCCAAGAUGGAAGUUCCACUUGCUUUAACCAUACAGAGGAGCGCACGCGUGGUGGACACCUCUUGUCAGAAGCAUUCCUUUUCAGAAAACAAGUGCUGACCCCCCGGGGGGCCGGUGCCACCCAGCCUGGUGACCUUUGAGGGGAUACCGGUUGAGAGUGGGCUUCAAAGUUUUCCGGCAGGAUCCUGGGUACAGACAUGCAGGACGCACAGGAACUGCUGCCACAGCCAAAGCACAAUAUAGACGGCUGAGACUCUGAGGAUGAACUCUUCAUUUGACUUGAUUUUUUUUUAUCUUUAUUUCUUCCAAGCCUGCAAGUUAAGGGGAGGGGUGCUGGGGAGAAGGGGGGGGGGUAUGAUGUGCUCUGUAAAUUAAGGAGGUUUCUGAAAAGAUGUUUAUUUUGAAAAAUUCAAAGUGACAAUGUAUAAAUGUUUUUAGUAAAAUGGCUAGACAAAGACAAGGAGACUUUAUAGCUGUAAAUCUGUACCGGACAAAAAAUUCAAAAAGAAAAAUAAUAUGAAAGCUGA